AUGCUCCGCCGAAGUUUUAUUCAUCGCCGAUACCCGUUUAACAAGCGUGGGCCCCGCGAACACAAGUCGUGGAAGCACCAUGUUUUAACGGAGCCCCCCAAGCCAAUCCAAUGGCGCGAUCCGAAGGUUUGGACGAAGGACCUUAGCACAAUGAAGUCGUUUGAUGCGCCGCAAUGGGAUCUGUGGCAGAAUCGUGCACGCUCAGAGGAUAUGGAUGAGGCGUUGCAACCUUUCAUGGAUAUGCCCCAAUCUCUCAAAGAUCGACGGUACGACAUCCCCUGGUGGGCAAAUCCCUUUGGUGCGUGGUACCUGCAGAACAUACUCUCUGUUGAGUUGCUAAAACUCCCAAGUCGGACUAACGCUGAGAAGAUAGCAAUUUAUAGGAAACGCAAUCAAUCAUCGUCAUCUAAUAAGGAUGGGUUCUUGCAAGAUGAUGAAAUUAUUCGCAAAAUAAUCAAAGAAAGGUGGGGAACGCUAGAAUUUGGAGAUCGUGAUGCAGGCUAUCCUUGUACAUUUAGCGAUUACAUUCAGUUCCUUAAUGAGUGGUUUAAGUCCCUUGAUGAAGAAGGCAUGCAAAAAUUACGAGAACAUUUUGAUAGGCGCAUCCGUCCUCUCUUGGCAGUAAUGUCUCCGGUGGAUAUUCUUUGGUUGGAGGCCCUUACGCAGAAUUCACCGCAUAACAAGGAACAGCUGCAACGCAAAAUUGCGUUUCAAACGAGUUUGGGUACACCUGAGUUCUUUGAUAUGUCAAAGCGGCUUCGCUAUGAGAUUAAUGAGGAUUACAAGGUGCGUGAUGAAUUGGGCCCUGAGCUCUUUGCACUGUGGAGCAAGGCACCAGAAAGAUGGCCCCCUGAGCGACUGUCAAAGAUGUACGGUCUGGACUUUACCUUGGUUCGCAAGAUUCUUGUGUGGCAUCAUUUUAAGGCGUGUUAUGAUGCUUGCGUGGAGCCUGACUGGUCCCUCCCCAAACGGCUAUUUGCGUUGGAAUGGAUCCGGGACGUUCGGGCGCGAAAACACGGCCUCUUUUAUGGGAAAAUGCGCUUUGCUGAACAAAAGAUCACUUUUUACAGUGAUAGAUUUCUCUUCCGUGAUCUCGUCAACCGUCGCGAGGCAAGCUAUGCCAAUGUCUGGGAGAUGGAUGAUCCCUACCGAUUUUUGCAGACAGAGCAAGACUACGAAGACUACUGGGGAGACAACUACGACGUGUACCGACGCAUGUUUCCUGAGAUGAUUGGAAGAACUGGGGAGCCAGUUCAGCAGUAUGGACAAAUGCCUGUUUGGGCAGGUCCGCACCGCCAGCAUGCCAACAAGUCUGAACACAACUGGAUGUUUGCCGAGAUUGGUGUCAACGUGGGACAUGAUGCAUUGAAAAAGCUAGAACUGGAUCCAACCAACGAAAAACGCCGAAGAUUUGUCAUUCGUCAACCUGAUGGUACACUUCGCUCAGCAAAGAUGUCGGAGAUGCGGGCGUGGUACUGGAAAGAAGAGUGGGCGGAUUUUCGCUUCUGGGCCCCCAACAUGGAGUGGGGUAUCGAGAAUACACCGUCACAGGAGCAAUAUCAGGAGCACGUGCCAGACACACCGGAUGCUGACUUCCGCAAACAGCGUCGCAUUCAGUCUCGUCCAGUUAAGUGGUUUUACGAGAGUCACUACACUCGCACAGGGAACUUUGCAGGCUUUCAACCGCUUCGCUUUAUGCAGCGUCGCACGGAGCGGGAGGUUCGAUGGCCCGACGUGAUCAAUGCCGCUGUGCAGAUUCAGAAAAGGAAACCGAAUGCUUACAUCUUUAAGGCCAUUCCGGAUAUGUAG